CCCAACUAUAAAAGGACAUAGAGAUUCAUGUUAAUAAUGAACCACACACACAUCAUUUUUGUAAGAUAAUAUUUGAGAGAGAGUGAAGAAAAUGAGUCUUGAAGGGAAGUUGGUUUCAGAGAUAAAUAUAAAGUGUGAUGGAGAUGUAUUUCAUGAGAUUUUUAGGCAUAGACCACAUCAUAUUUCAACUAUGAGUAAUGAUAAAGUACAAAAUGUGGAUAUUCAUGAAGGUGAAUGGGGUACUGUUGGAUCUGUCAUUUUUUGGAAUUUUACCCAUGAUGGGAAAGAAAAGGUUGCAAAGGAAAUAAUUGAAGAAAUAGAUGAAGAAAAGAAGCUUGUUAAAUUCAAGGUGAUUGGAGGAGAUAUAUUGGAUUAUUACAAAUCAUUUUACCUCACUGUUCAUGUUGAAACAAAGGGUGAAGACAAUUUAGUUACUUGGAUUUUGGAAUAUGAGAAGUUGAAUGAAGAUAUUGAAGAUCCUCACACAUUGAUGAAAUUUUGUCUUGAUGUUACAAAAGAUAUUGAAACUCAUCACCUAACAGGAAAGUUAGUUUCUGAGAUAAAUAUCAAGUCAGAUGGAGAUGUGUUUCAUGAGAUAUUUAGGUAUAGACCACAUCAUAUUUCUAGUAUGUCACCAAGUUAUAUACAAAAUGUGGAUAUUCAUGAAGGUGAAUGGGGCACUGUUGGUUCUGUUAUCUUUUGGAACUUCACUCAUGAUGGGAAAGAGAAGGUGGCAAAGGAAGUAAUUGAAGAAAUAGAUGAAGAAAAGAAGUUGGUUAAAUUUAAAGUGAUUGGAGGAGAUAUAUUGGAGGCUUAUAAUUCAUUUUAUCUCACUGUUCAUGUUGAAACAAAAGGUGAAGAUAACUUAGUUACUUGGAUCUUGGAAUAUGAAAAGAAGAAUUGUAAUGUGCCAGAUCCACACACUUUAAUGGAAUUCUGCCUCAAUGUCACAAAAGAUAUUGAGACUCACCAUCUCAAUUGAUAUAUAAAUUCAUAUAUGUUGCUCGGACUUUUAAAAAAUAUAUCGAUAAUUGUAAUAUUAUUCUAUGUGUGACGAUAUUUUUAAAAAGUACGAGCAAUAUGUGGUGAAUGCUUGGAACUGAGAUAUGGUGUCUCAAGUCUUUUAAUAAUGUGUGGUGUUAUUAAUGAGUGUGCUUUGAAAUGUAAACUAUAUGUACCAAGAAUAAAAUAAAAUAGGGCAAAAUGAGUGACUGUAAUUUCUAAUAUAUAUAUUUUGUUUGAGAUUGAAAAACAGCUUGUAUUUUUUAAUAUUGCUAUUGUAUUUUUUUCUAUAGUUGAUUUUUAUAUACUUUAGUUGAGCAAA